AUGAUGAUUGGCACACCAGUUUUCAAUUGCCGCCCUGGGUACCGCACCACUAGCCCUGUGUACCGCACCACUAGCCCUGUGUACCGCACCACUGACCCUGUGUACCGCACCACUGACCCUGUGUACCGCACCACUGACCCUGUGUACCGCACCACUGACCCUGUGUACCGCACCACUGACCCUGUGUACCGCACCACUGGCCCUGUGUACCGCACCACUGGCCCUGUGUACCGCACAACUGGCCCUGUGUACCGCACCACUGGCCCUGUGUACCGCACCACUGGCCCUGUGUACCGCACAACUGGCCCUGUGUACCGCACCACUGGCCCUGUGUACCGCACCACUGACCCUGUGUACCGCACCACUGACCCUGUGUACCGCACCACUGGCCCUGUGUACCGCACCACUGGCCCUGUGUACCGUACCACUGGCCCUGUGUACCGUACCACUGGCCCUGUGUACCGCACCACUGGCCCUGUGUACCGCACCACUGGCCCUGUGUACCGUACCACUGGCCCUGUGUACCGUACCACUGGCCCUGUGUACCACUGGCCCUGUUUGCGAUUGUAA